AUGCAGGUCGACAACAACUUGGAUUUACAAGAACGCGUGUCGUACAUCCACUCGGACACGACCAAAGACGUUGACGGGUACGCCGAGGCGAAAACCCCCAAGGACCUGGACGACACCCUUGAAAACGGGGGGGCGCUGGCCGAAGGGGGGGCGCUGGACUUGUUCUCCCGCGAAGCGUUUGCCCUGUUCAUGCAGUACGGCGCCAUCGGGGUCAUCUACGGCAUGAUCCCGUCGCUCAACUACCCCAUCUUCAACAUUUACCUCAACUUGGAGGGGUACCAAACCGCAUCGUACGGCGUGCUCAUCGUGGUCGGGUGGUCGUUCAAGGCAAUAUUUGGCAUGUUGUCCGACUGCGUCCCCAUCUUUGGCUACCGUCGCAAGUCGUGGAUGUUGAUCGGGUGGACCAUCACAAUGAUCUGUCUGAGUGUGAUGACGUUUUCGUCGUUGGGCGAGCCGUUUUGCAAUCGCGAAAAGACCAAAUUCAUUGGGCAGCCUCCAGUCAAAAGCGCGUUCGCGGGCGGGAUUCUUUGCGGAGUUGCACCCUAG